AUGUCGACACAGAUUCAGACUGCCACCCCGGCAGCGUCUUCAUUGAGCUCUGCCGGCUACCAAGCUCCUGCCCCGCCCGCUGAUAAGUCUGCGCCACCAGGGCGAGUUAUUAUCGUCCGUGAUCUGGCUCAUAUCGAGAGCCUAGCCCGCGACGAUGUGCUGAGCAGCGGUAACCGGUCCGGAGGGCUAGCAGAUACACCUUUGCAUGCUAUAAAGUACGAAAUCAGCAGCAUGCCUAUUAGCGACGUCAUCGAGAUCCCCCUCAGCAGCUCGGUACUCGCUUUCCACGGCAAGAACGUGCCUGCCAUUACCAUAUUGAGCUAUCUGAGCCGCAUACAUAAGUAUUGUCCGACUACGUACGAAGUGUUCUUGAGCCUGCUCGUCUACUUUGACCGGAUGAUCGAAAGAGUCAACCGCAUGGUGAUGCAGGCUGAGGAAGGCCGCCGGCACUCUCAGAGCCAGCCAGAACGCAGUGCUCAGACCUCCGCAACCCUAUCCGACGCUGAAAUGCCGGACAAGGACAGCGAGGACGAUGACGAGACUGAUUCCGAUCUCGCCGAUGAUGAGGAUGAGCCCAAGACAGCGAACGAUACGCGGGCAGGUUCUCAGCCCACGCCGUCGCCGGCUCCCCAAUCAUCGCUUAUCACCUACUUCGUGGUCGAUAGCUUCAACAUCCACCGUCUCAUCAUAGCAGGUGUAACAUGUGCAAGCAAGUUUUUCUCCGACGUCUUUUAUACGAACUCACGCUACGCUAAGGUCGGCGGCCUUCCUCUGGCGGAGCUCAACCAUCUCGAGCUUCAAUUUCUUGUCCUGAACGACUUCCGGCUUUCGGUGCCCGUCGAGGACCUUGAGGCGUACGCCACGAUGCUCGUGGAGUUUUACGCGCGUGAAGUCGUGGGAUCACGUUCUGUCGAGUCUGCGGAUUCAGUCGAAUGA